AAAAAAAAAAAAAAAAAAAAAUAAUAUCAAAAGCCUCGCACCAGUUGACAGGCAACGGCAGUCUCAAGUUUUCCAUUGUCGCACGCUGUCGUUGUCGUGAAUUUAUUUGAAGAAAUGGCCGAUUUUGUAGAAACUGUGCUUGGACCAACGAAACUCACGCAACUGGGUAGAACUUUGACCCACGAACACUUGGCUCUUGAUUUUGACAAGUUUUACGUGCCUCCGCCGAAACAACUCGCCCCUUAUUUCUCCGACAGGAUUGAUCUCUCCAACGUUGGCUUCCACAAACAAUAUCCUUACAGCAACGUCUACAAUGUCAAGUUCAAUGACGAAGAUGCCCGCGUGGCCGUCCUCGAGGACGUUAAACUUUACAAAAAAUUCGGGGGUGGCACGAUCGUUGAGAACACGAGCCAUGGACUCAAGCGCGAUAUCCCUUUGAUGAAACGGAUCAGCCAAGAGUCCGGAGUCCAUGUUAUCCUUGGCACCGGUCACUACGUUGCUCUUACACAAAACAACGAUGUCAUUUCGAACUGUAACGAGGAGAAGAUGCGCGAUCUGAUGACAAGAGAAUUGACGAUCGGUUGCGAAGAUGAUCCAUCCGUCAGAGCUGGAAUAAUCGGAGAAGUUGGAAGCGGUUGGCCGAUGCACGAGUUCGAAAAAAGAGCAAUUCGAGCGAGUGCACGAGUACAAGCCGAAGUAGACGCUCCUGUGACGUUUCAUCCGGGGCGAAACGGCGAAGCUCCGUUUGAGAUUAUUAGGAUUUAUCUCGAGGCUGGUGGUGCUGCGAAAAGAGCAAUCAUGUCUCAUCUCGAUCGAACUCUUCUGAAGGAGGAAGAACUUGUCGAAUUCGCGAAAAUCGGUUGCUACUGUCAAUUGGAUCUUUUUGGUACGGAAUGCUCGUAUUAUCAACUCGACGAGGCUACCGACAUGCCAUCGGACGCUCAACGAAUCGACAAGCUCAAAUUGCUCAAGGACGAGGGUCGUCUCGAUCGGUUACUCAUGAGCCACGAUAUCCAUACCAAGCACAGAUUGGUGAAUUUCGGUGGACACGGUUACGCUCACAUAAUCAACAAUGUCCUGCCAAAAAUGAGACUAAAGGGUUUUACCGAGAGUGAAAUCGAUGUAAUAACGAUCGAUAAUCCGCGCGAAUGGCUUACUCGUCGUCGCUGCUGAUAAUUACUCUACCGCACCGUCUGGUCACAAAAUUGCUACGAGUACGCGUGUUAUAUAUCGUAACGUUAAUAAUCAACAACUGUUAUCCGAAUAAAUUUAUGAAAGUCAGAGAAAAGUUGCAUCAAACUUUGCU